AUGUCCAUCGAACCGGGGAUUCUCGAGUCGCACCUCGAAGAGCUUGCUACAGACUACUAUGAUCUCCAGGCUUCCCUCGCGAACCACUUCCAGCAGCCUCCCACUGCCCUCGAGGCGCUGCGCAUGACGAGCAAGGGACACCCGACAGUGAUCCAUGGGUUCAGCCCGAUGCUUGCGGCCGGCGAGACCGACUGGCGCCAGCCCGAGUCCUACAUCAAGGUGCAAGGCGAGACCCCGCUGACCAUUGCUGUUACGGAUGACGGACUUGCCGACUCGGUGCGUACCCUCGCCGACGGCACGACGUCGUUUGUCAAGCCGCUCGACGAGACCAUGACCAUGACGGCCUUCCUCGCCCGCCUCACGGGCCAGGACGAGUCGCGCGACGAGGCACUCUACCUCCAGUCGCAGGACGGCAACAUCUACCGCUCCGAGCCGGGAGCGCGGGGCUCGCCAGAGCUGGCCACUUUCCAGAGCGUAGUGGCCCGCGAUGUGUCGUGGAUGAAGGAGGCCUCUGGCGAGUCGGCCGAGGCAGUCAACCUCUGGAUCGGCAACAGCAAGAGCACUACCUCGUUCCACCACGACCCAUAUGAGAACAUUUACCACGUCCUGAGCGGCAGCAAGACGUUUACGCUCCUGUCGCCAAUCGACGGCCUCUGGUUUGAGCAACAGUUCCAUGCCCCAUCUACACUUGUGCGUACCGCAGACGGCAAACUCGAGCCCCAACUAGACGAGCCACCGGCACACCCCGUGCCGUGGGUCGAGGACCUGGACGCGCCUCCCCAGUCCCGCCCCGUCACUGUGGUACUGCAGGAGGGAGAGACACUCUACCUCCCUGCUGGGUGGUGGCACAAGGUCGAGCAGAGCGAGGGAAGCACAGGGCUGGCCGUGGCGGUCAACUACUGGUACGCGUCCGAGAUCAACCCCCAGCGAUACGCUCUGGAACGCCUGGCCCAGCGCGUGGCGCGCACCGCUGGCCGCGAUGUGCUUCCAGUCGACAUUGUGGACGAGGACGUGUGGGGCAGCGAGGUGGACUCGGCGGACGAGUGGGACCCCAAGGACUGGGGCAGGUAG